UUUUUUUUCAUAAUGCUAUCCAUUACCCAACUUGGUAUAAAAUGAACUGACAAGGAUAAAAGAGUUACCUCCUUUUGCAUAGAUUACAGAUACAGUUGCAUGCAGCUGAUCUUUCACAGGAAGAAAUUCAGCCAUUCCCACCUCUUUUGGUCCUGUCCUUUUUUUUAAUAUUUUUUAUUAGGUAAGUAGAAAUGACCCUAUUGAACCAACAGCUAUCACAUGCUAGCCAACCUAGCUACGCAGGUCUACGUUAUGGUUAAUAGAGCAGUUGCCAAGUUUUGGUGCUGACUUUGACAUCCCACAUAAAGCAUUCAAGGGAGCUCAAGCUUAAGGACUCCACACUACCAAUAGAAGUGCAACUCUCUUUGGGGAUUAAAGAAAGAUCUGAUAAUAAUAGAGUAAUAGACCACUCACCUAUUUGUCAAAGCUACAGCUCAUUGGCAGAAUAAUUCUUUCUACCUGUUUACUUUUCUAAACAGUUUCCAGAAAUGGAAUAUAGAACAUAUAUGACGUUGACAUAAUGUGCUGCAAGUAUGCCAUUUCUGCAAGUUUUUGCUACACCUGGUUGUUCAAUUUGAUUGCUUGACUGAUUAUUUGGCAAUUUUUAUUAUACAACCGGUAAAGUAAGGUAAAUUCUUUUUGCUCAUUUGUUCACUUGACGGGCAAAUAAUCAGAAAAGAUAGCCUUGAUUAUUCUUUUCUUUUUCUUUUUCUUUUUUAUUUAAAUUUUUAUAAGUAGCCCUGGUUGUAACAUGCAUAAACUGAUUAUUUCAUAUUAAAAAGUCUUCAACACACGCCACUCUUUACUGAAAAAAAAAAAAAAAACUUUUUCUGAUUAUUAAUUUAUUCUUUUCUUUCCUUGCCCAAUCUAGCCCCAGAAAAUGACAAAUUCUUUCAUUUCCUAUACAUGACUGUAUUGUUUAGUCUUGCACAUUACUCCUUCUAAUUGACUUGUUCAGUAUUUAUCAAAACUUGUGUAUUACACACAACAGAAAGAAAAACUUUUCUCUGAAACAAAAAGGCGCUUACCUUUAUUGAAAAUUCCGGUGGUUCACCUGUUAGAGUAAGUUCAAGGGAUGGAGUCACUUGAAGGGGUGGAGUUUGAUCUCAACUGGGUUUGCAGUCUUCUUGAUGAUAUUCCAACCACCUGUUGUGACUCAACUACGCGUUUUGAUGUUCCUUUGCCGUCUAUUCCUCGCCUCAAUUCUUUCCCCAGCUCCACCUCCCAUAGUUUGGACACUCAAGAUUCAAGUGAGGGUUUGGAUGGUUCUGAAGACUGCUGUCGAAAAAGGGUUCGUGUUGGAUCAGUCGCUGCAUCCAGCAGCUUUAAAGCGUGCCGUGAGAAACAACGAAGAGACCAUCUAAAUAAUAGAUUCUUUGAGUUAAGUGCUAUGUUGGAGUCUGGAACAACAACACCCAAGUCUGACAAAGCAGCUAUACUAACUGAUGCUAUUCGGCAAGUGAAGUUGUUACGCGAAGAAUCUAGUAGCUUGACCAGACAGAAUGCAGAAUUAAAACAAAAGAACAACGAAUUAAAGGCAGAGAAGAAAGCCCUUCGCGCUGAAAAACACAGCUUAGUAUCAGAGAAAGAGAAAAUGGAGCAGCGAAUCAAAGAGUUAGAUACUCGUCCUAACUUGCAGUUCCAUCCUAGUUCAGUUCCAACUCCGUAUGCUAUGCCGUAUCAAUCAGUUGGUGGCAAACUGAUGCCACUGGUUAAUUACUCCAGUGUUCCCUUUUGGCAAUUUGUUCCUCAAGCUGCUUUUGAUACUUCGCAAGAUCAUGUUCUUCACCCUCCUGUAGCUUAAUCUGGAGCGGUUAUUCAUCAGUUGUAGUUUUCUUGGUGAUUAUAAUGUCAGAAGCUCUGAUUUCAGGAUGAAGGAUUAACAAUGAAUUGAUUACUGGGUGUUGAUACUGGACUACUGGUAAUUGUUCAUUCUGCCACAGGAUUUAAUAAGUUCUGGAGAAAAUUUGGUCUGACAUUGGUUUGUUGUUUCUUAAUCUUGAACAAAUCAAUCUUUAAAGUUUCCUUAUGAAUUAGUUUAGUAGUACAUAAUCAUGGUUUAUGGUUUUUUUAGUGCUCGUUCGGUAUCAAUGUCAGUUUUCAGUUUUUGAUUUUAAAGGUAGUAUGAUUUAGAUUGAA